AUGACAACGAGGAGUGGGCUGCAAACAAAGGAGAUGGUUCAGGAGCAGGAUAAUCCCGAGAUCACUGAUGAUAGUUUGCAAGAGAAGGUAGAACUGGAAUUAAAAGAAAAAGAGGCUAGUGAAGAGAUUCAUGUAGAGAAGAAGACUCUCCCCUUGCCCUUUCCUCAAAGGGAAAGAAAGCAUCAAGAGGAAGCAAGUUUUAAGAAGUUUCUAGAUCUUUUAAAGCAAGUUCAAUUAAACCUCCCUCUUGUUGACAUUCUACAGAGUGUACCAAAAUAUGUGAAAUACUUAAAAGAUAUUGUUGCCAAUAAGAACCGGUUGACUGAAUAUGCUAUAGUUACACUUACUCAGGAGUGCACUUCUAAAAUUCAAAAUAAACUACCCACAAAAUUGAAGGAUCCAGGGAGUUUCACAUUGCAGAUUAACUUUGGUCAAACUAUUUAUGCACGGGGAUUGUGUUACUUGGGGGCGAGCAUAAAUCUCAUGCCUACGCCAUGGUACCGGAAGAUGGGUCUUGGAAGUCCCAAAUCCACGACUAAUGUGUUGGCAUUGAAAUUGCCAGCCAUAUAUGAGGAGUUGUCCUCAAUAUCGAUUAUUGAUCUUACUUCAGAUUGGCAGUUGCUCUUGUCUGAUGAUCCAUUAAAGUGA